AUGUUUCCCAAACUGUGGGGGAUCUCUAUGGCUGGCGUGGCGUCUCGUGGCGUCGCCGCGUCGCUGCGUCAGCGAACUAGCCCCUUGUCUAUCAUUUCGGUACUUCGAGCCUCGGAGGAAUUGCAUUAA